AAAACCAGAGAUCAGGUUCAUCUAACCUAGACAUUCUACUGUAUCGGAACCUUAAUUCCAGAUUUAAAAUUGGGCAAAAAAUAUGAUUUCGUUUCUCUUAAUAUGGUCCUGCUGCCAACCCCUAUCAAACGCACUUUCUUUUGGACUCUUUCCUUGCACCCACUUUCUCACUGUUGCCUUUUGGCCCUCUUCACCUCCUCUCUCUCUUUCUCUCCCUCUCUCCUUGAAGAGCCUUGUGAAAGACUUCGUUUGGUUCAGAUCAGAGAAGAAGGUCUUUGAUUUCUAUCUAAUCUCCCUGAAUUUUGGAUUCAAUACGUUGCACCAGAUUAAGCAGUCGUGGAUAGUUCUAUACUGCAGAGGAGGGGAUCAGUAUGCCGUGGUUGAGUUUGUCUGUUGAUGUGUUUCGCAAAGUUGUGUGCUUGAACUUAUAUUGCAGGGUUAUUCUGUAAAUCAUUGCUUCCUUAACGGGACCCUGGUCUUGCUUCUCUUGGACUACUAUUCUUUGCUCAAAAGUCCAUGGGAUCCAAUCACUUUUUUGUCAUUUCUUAUGACAUGCGAAGGAUUAGCUGAAAACAUAGAGACAGAACAUAGUUAGAACUCCAACUCUCAUUUUUAUUCCCCCUCGUGUUUGAUCUCAUCUUGUUUCUCAAUCUAAGUGUGUUUUUUCCUUCAAGGUCUAGUUUUGCCCAUUUUCUGCUCCCUGUUAGGUGUUUGUUUUGUGCUUCUAUAGUAGUCAGAUAGUGAAGGGUUGAACGAAGUUAUGGUGUGCCAAGCAGCAAGCCAAACUAGAUUCCGGGCUUUAAAACAUGAGAGUGGGAUUGCAGGGAAACCUACAAUUAUAGUUAGAGUUAUUGCUUGCUUUCAACCUUUGCAGGAUUGCCAAGCUGAGUACUUCCGUCACUUGCUUAAACCUGUCACGUAGAUUGAUGGUUUUUUCCUCAUCAAAUUGAGCUGGAAAUCAUUGAUUUUCUUUUUCUAUUUUUUGUUCCUAAAAGAAGUUGCAAAUUUUUGAAUAUUCCAGAUUGAAGUGCCAAUCCAUCUCCUGGUUAUUGUGUUACGUGGAUGGUGAUGGCCAGCGAAUCUCGGCUUUCUCUAGAGAAUUCUGCUUGGAAACCAUCUAAACUGAGUUUCAUGAACACGGAUCUCAGGCCGAGGCAACAAGAAUGUUUGCCUGCAUGCACAAAUCCUGGCAAUCACAUAUCCCCAGCACCUAUGGCACAGCCCAAUUUUGCAGUUCCUGGUAUACCAGACUUGAAGACUGAACAAACAAAUGGAGCUCAUGGUUCUCUUGAAUGUUUACCGCUUCAAUUCCAGGGCUUGCUACCCAUUCCUGACCCAUAUCUUAAAACAAAGAAAUCCAUGCUGUCAAAUUCUGGGUCAUCUGCAAAGAGAUUCCUUAUUUUUGAUCAGUGUGGGAAUCAAACAAGGCUAAUUUAUAACUCAGUUUGCUUCCCUUCCCCGAAUCCAAAUACUGCUGCAAAACCAAUUUGUUGUUAUUAUGGGGAAGAGCAGGCAGCUAGAGUGAGUCAAAUUGAUCCAAGCAAGUACAUUUUACAUGAAGCAUCUGGUGAAAAUAUUACAACUUUUGAAGAAAGUGAGAUGCAUGAAGACACGGAAGAAAUCAAUGCGUUGCUAUACUCUGACAAUGAUGAAUAUGGUGACGGUGACGGUGACGAUGAUGAAACAGCAAGCACAGGCCAUUCUCCGAUGGCUAUAAAGGGGGGAUACGAGAAAUAUGAUCAUGUUGACUACCUAGCAGAUGAAGUUGCUGGCCCUGACAGCCCAAAUAAAAGGCAAAAAUUGCUCGAUGGUGGGUACAAAAAAUCAUCACCGAUGGCCACUACUAGUUCCGUAAAACUGGACAGAUCUGUUGAGUAUGGCAGUGAUGCAGAGUCAGGCUAUGCCUUUGGCCAGAACCAAGGUGAGAAAGCUGGUUCUAUUUUGGGCAAAAUGUGUUUUAGAAGGGAUAAGAUCUAUGAGACUUUGAGAAUUCUUGAGCGCAUAAUUCCUGGUGCAGAGGGUAAGGACCCAUUGUUUGUUAUUGAUGAAGCUAUAGAUUACCUGAAGAUUUUAAAGCUCAACGCCAAAUCUCUAGGGGUGAACAACCAAUAGGUUGCACCUUCCUUGGCAUGUUUGCUGAAGGGUUGAAAAAAAGGGUGAAAAGGUAGUAGUAAGCCUUGAUUUAUUGGCUUGAACGAUUAAGAGUUUGAAAUAACUGCAGUGACUUUUGUUUUGUUGGGCUGAAGAGCCGUAUAUAAUGGGCCAAUAAAGGAAAGAUGUAAUGGUGUGGAAAUGCACUUUGGCUGCUGGAAGUGUUGAAAAAAUGGGUUGUUUUUGUUGACCAGAAAUAAUUAUCUUUUAGCUUUUGUGGGAUUAAAGACUAAAGGAAGUCGCAAAGAUUUGAACGCAUGGGAGAUGCUAGUGGUGGGCUGUGCUGUGCUGUGAAAUGAGGACCCCUUUAUCCGGAUUGUUGAGAACCCCCGAGUAUGCGCAUGCGUGUUUGGUAAUUAAGGUCCCACUUUCAAUCCCGCUUUUCUUGUUGAUUUUAUGCUUUUCUCCUCUCCCUACAAGUUUGCAUAAAAUUCUAAAAGUAUGAAGAAAGUUGCUGCUGUGGAUGAGUGCUUGGAGUGGGGGCAUAGUCUUUCACCAAAGGCAUGUUGUAAAAGGUUAUAGCUUGUUUUUCAUAGGGUAAAAGUCAUUCUGCUGUCCUGUAAUUUGUGGGCUCUGAUUACUUUAGACAAGUUUUGUAUCUUUGUGAAGAUUUCCUUGAGUGGGUUUGGAUUGCUCUGUGGUGAUGCUAUUAUGAGUUUGUCAGUUUUCAUGUUUGAGUGUGAAAAUAAUUGGAGUGUGGAUGUUGCAGUGGUGGUGGUGGGGGUGGUGGUGGGGGUGGGUAUGGGGCUACAUGCUUUGGAUGGGUGGAGCGGUGUUUACUUUGCUUGGUGUUUUGUUGUUCUUUUUGUGCUAUGUAGUAUGUACGUGUCCUUGUGUGUGGUGCCAUUUUGUAAACUUGAAAAGAUAUCCAUUGCGAAUACGUGGUGUUCUCCA